CUCGGCUUGCUAGAGCUCGGCUCAUAGACAGCCCUCCCCCUCACGGCUCAGGCUCUCUCUGACUCUGUGUCCCUUCCCUGGCGGCGACGACUUGGCGAGCGGCGGCGCCAUUCGUCACGUCUUCGCCCAGCCCUUUGCCGGCGAUGAGCAUCCACCAGGAUGUUCUUGCACCAGCAAGAGCCUGAUUAGCACGCCCAGCUUCAAAACAAGGUCAGCGGACUAGCAGAAUGGAGGAUAAGGAUAAAUCAGACGGGUGGGAUGAGGAUUUGGAAGAAGCUGAUGAGUUGGCGUGUGUGCACAAAGCUGUUAGCACCUCUUUCCUUGCUUCUGGAAUAAGCAGAAGGAGCAAAAGUGAAAAGAAGCCCAGAUUCUCAAUACUUGGACAUGGUUUUGUUCCAUAUGAUGUAAAGACAGAAAUCUUGCAUAUUGCCGGGUACGAAGGUUCAUCUGGAGCUCCAUCAACUAAAGUUUCACAAACUAUGGUGGCUGAACGGUUGGAAAAUAUCGAGGAAGAACCUGAAGAUUUGGCACCGGAGUUUCCUCUUCCAACCAAGAAUGCAAAUACUUCAAUUUCAGAGCUACUGGAAGAUCUACAGGGUAGAAGUGGCUCUUCUGGCAGGAAACCAUCUGCGUUGCACCAACACAUGCUGAAUAUCAGGGAGCAAGAAGUUUCCUCUAGGGUUCCACCAGAUAAAGUUUCACAAGCUUUGAUGGCUGAACUUUUUGGAAACGUCAAGGAAGAAUCUGAAGAUCUGCCAUCAGAGGUUACCCGUCCGGCGAACAAAGCAAAUCUUUCAGUUGCUGAACUUCUAGAAGAUCUACAGGGCAGAAGUAGCUCUUCUGUUGGGACAGCAUUGUUGCACCAACACACGAGAUAUAAAGAUUGGAAGCCAAAACCCCCCAGUUCCGAGAAGAAAACACUAGCUAUUUUAGGAGAGAGGAGUAUUGACAGUGAGGAUCCCUUGGAGCAUAUAAUUGAUGGAACAUCUAGUGAAGAGGAAGGUGUUACUGAAAACCACUUGACUUUGGUGAACAAAGAUGUGAAGCAGCAAACUAUGGCUGACCUCUUCCAAGAAGUUUUCAAUCCAACAAACAUGGAGGUUGCCAUGCUUCCACUGAGCUCAACAGGAGCUGGUUAUCAUGGAAGAAUGCAACAGAUCAUGCAGAUGGAAAAGGAUAGGCAUGCAGAGUUCUUGAGACAGUUUAAUAUAGAGCAAGGUGAUUCAAAGGGAAUUAUUGUUCAGAUUGUGUCAAGGUCGUUGGAAGGAAAGCCAACAGUCUGCUGCUGCUUGUUCCAGGAAAAGAGCAAUUCUACCAUUAGAAGUGAUGCCUCAACAGACCACGCUAUGAAUGAGAGCAGAACUAAGAGGACCAUCAUUUUCAGUCCAAAGAUAUGUGACAAUGUGGAUCUUCUGGUAGGAAACAUAAUUCGCAUCUUCCCACCAUGCAGGGUUCAUCUAAUCAUCCAUCACAUAGUCAUCCCCAUCUUCAUCAAACUCUUCUUCUUCGGACUCAAACUCUUCUUCGUUGAGCUCUCUCACCCUUGCACUUCUACGCAGUUCUAUUUGUUCUUCUGCUCCCACUGCAUCUCCAAGCACAGACCAAGGAAGGAAGUGAAAUUACAAGAUGAAGACGUGAUGCUUUGCACCUACUUCUCGCAUCAUGGUACAUGAUUGUGGAGGUUCUACUCUUCUGCAAGCUAAAUAACUGUCUCUGAAGGCAUGGCAGUCACCAAACAAACCGCAUGGCCUGCCGAUUGCUAGGAACCCUUAGGUGUUGGUGUACUAGGAGAUUCGUCUGAUCGUAUAGUAUACUAUAGUAUACAAUCUGUAGGUGUUGUCUUGUUGAGCCGUUGAUCCCUGCUGCAGUGCAGCAGCAGCAUGUAGAGCAUAGACGCUGAUGUUGUUCUCACUGUGGCAGAGCCUCUGUUUCUGGAUGUCUUUCCUUCAUCCUACUGAUAUACGGUAAAAUUACGUAAUCUCCUCGUACCUCUUGGAUGUUGA